GCCUUACGGAUAACCACCAACAAACAGCUCUAGUAACGAAUACCAAAAAUUUCUCGCCCAAACCCCAUAAACCCUAAUUGCUUCUCUUUCUUUCCAAUUCAUCUCUUAUAAAUUCCUCUGACCCAAUUAUAUUUCUCUGUAUAUCCCAGCCGUAAAACCCUUCGCACGCUAGGGUUUUGUAUCUUCUCCCAUUUUCUCUCUUCUUAAACCCUACCUUUUCAGCUGCCAUGGGCAAGUCUAGCAAGAAAUCCACCCCAAAAGUCGAUUCUGCUCCUGUGGCAGUUGUUCAAUCUGCAAAGAAAGGUAAGAGAAACGCAGAAGAUGAAAAAGCGAAAGCCGGAAAUGCGAAGAAGCAGAAAAUUGAGAGAGAUGAGGCUGUUAUAGCUAAACAGAAAGUGGAGAAGAAAAAGCCUAAAAAAGUUGAAAGUAGCAGUGAAUCUGAGGAUGAUUCUUCUUCUGAUGACGAACCUAGGGCUGUAUUGAAACAACCUCCAAAGAAAGCCUCUGCUUUGGUUAAGAAAUCACAGAAGGAAAGCAGCUCUGAUUCUUCAGAUGAUUCUGAUGAUAGUGAUGAUGAGCCAAAGAAGAAACCUGCUGCUGCUCUGAAAAAUGUAUCCAAAAAAGAUUCUUCAUCAAGUGAUGAUUCUUCUGAUAGCGAUUCGUCUGAUGAAGAGGAUGAACCCAAACCUGCUAUCCAGGCCAAGAAAUUACCUGCUGCAGUAAAGAGUGGUUCUCUUCCAGCAAAGAAAAAGGCUGAAUCAAGUGAUGACAGCAGCGACGAUAGCUCUGAUGAAGAUGAUGCUCCCAAGAAGGCGUCUGCUCCAGCUACGAAAAAGGAAGUGGAAUCUAGUGAUAGCUCGUCUGAUGAAAGUGAAUCUGAGGAUGAAAAGAAAGCAGUUGCCACUAAGGCUCCAGCCAAUCUUAAAAAGCCAGCCAAAGAAUCUGAUAGUGAUGAUGAAAGUGAUGAAGAUAGCUCUGAGGAAAGUGAUGAUGAGCCCAAAAAUAAAAAGAUCAAGAUUGCUGCAAAGCCAGCUGCAAAGGUGGCCAAGGAGGAUAGCAGUAGUGAUGAAGAAAGCUCUGAGGAAGAUUCUGAUGAAGAGCCAGAAAAAGCACAAUCUGCCAAGAAGACUGCUUCUAAGCCAGCUGCAAAGAAGGAUAGCAGUAGUGAUGAAGAAAGCUCUGAGGAAGACUCUGAUGAAGAGCCAGUAAAAGCACAAUCUGCUAAGGCUUCAAGUGUAAGUAAUGGUUCAAAGGUAGCUAAGAAAGAUAGUAGUAGUGAUGAGAGUUCAGAUGAUAGCUCUGAAGAUGAUGAGCCUCCCAAGGCAAAGCAAGCAAAGGCAAUAGCUGCCACCAAGAAAAACAGUAGUUCAGAAGAUUCUUCUGAUGAAGAGAGUGAUGAUGACAGUGAAGAGGAAAAUGAUGAUGAGAAGCCAAUGAAGACACCAAAGAAGGAUAAAGAUGUGGAGAUGGUUGAUGCUGAGGAACCCAAAAAAUCUGCACUAAAAACUCCUAAAACUCCUGCUACCCCACAAAUUCAAGCUACAGGAUCAAAGACGUUGUUUGCUGGAAAUCUAUCCUAUGAUGUUCAAGAAACUGAUGUGAAGGAAUUUUUCAAGGAUGCAGGAGAGGUUGUAGAUGUUAGAUUUUCCUAUGAGCCUGAUGGCAGAUUCAAGGGUUUUGGCCAUGUUGAGUUUGCAACAGCAGAAGCUGCUCAGAAGGCCCUAGAAUUGAACGGUCAACUUUUAUUAACUCGUGCCGUGAAACUUGAUGUAGCUCGGGAGAGAGGUGCUUACACUCCCAACACCAGAGAAAACUCAUAUCAGAAGAGUGGGGGCCAAAACUUGACAAUAUUUGUCAAGGGAUUUGAUUCUUCUGCUGAUGAGAAUGAGAUGAGAACUGCCUUGAAAAAGCACUUUAGUUCUUGUGGAGAUAUGACAAGGGUCUCUAUACCUCCAGAUCGUGAAAAUAAUUGUCUGAAAGGUGUGGCUUACAUAGAAUUCACAGACAGUGAUGCUUUCAACAAAUCAUUUGACCUUGAUGGAUCUGAGCUUGGAGGUUUUUACUUGAGUGUUCAAGAAGGGAGGCCACGAGAAACCCGUGAUUUCGGGAGUGGUGGAAGAGGUGGUGGAAGAGGUAGUGGAAGAGGUGGGAGAGAUGGUGGUAGGUUUGGAGAUAGACGUGGUGGUGGUAGAUUUGGAGGUGGAAGAGGUGGGGACAGAGGUGGUCGCGGAAGAGGACGUGGAACACCCAACAGGAUUACUGCAUCUGCAUCAGGAAAAAAGACUACCUUUGCUGAUGACGAUUAGACGACUAUUCAAAUGGAUUACAUCUGUUUGCAGAAUGUAGUAGACUUUUUUUUUUUUAAAUUUUUUACUAUUAUUCUAAAAUUUUGCCAAGUUUGGAGUUUAUUAGGUGGUAGUAAUUCUAUUUUUCAAGCGAGAACCUAGUAUUAGUUUGGAUAUUUGUUUUGCUGAUUUAUCUGUUUUUAAAGAAGAUAGAGACGAAUUGAUGUUUGUUGAAGUACUUUACAACUAUAAUAGAUUGCACUCUUUAGCAAA